AUGGAAGGUGUCUCUACAAGCAUGUACAAAGGGUUGAGAGGCUACUGGCGGAGGAGAGGCUACGAGAAGCUAAGUGGGUCGGGUCGACUGACGGAGCUGCGUUCGGGCAGCAAAAGGCGUGCACGGCGGAUCCGAAUAAAAAUAAAAAUGGGUCGGAAGCUGAAGCUGAGCUUCCUCAGAAUGAGAAGAAUGCCUUCGCCGAAGAAGUUGUUGGUUUGGCUCCGGGACGCGUAUGUGAAACUGAUGCUGGGAUUCGCUAACUCGGGGAUGUUUAGUACCGGCUACGGUGGGGGGCCCAUGUGCGACUACGGUAGCGGUUCCUUCGGGAAGGGCCCACUUAAGGAGUAUGAUGAGAAGAUGAUUGUCGAGAUCUACAAGUCCCUGAUGCUGGCGCAAGGUCAGUUGGUGCCCCGCGACGCAGCCAAGUUUGGCUCAGAAAUCGUUAGCCGACGAUUGCAGAGAGAGGCGUGGCCAGUGGCCAGUGGCCAGGCUGGCGUUAGAGAAGUGAAGCGUACGGACUGUAAUGGUGUUGUGUCAACCAAGGCGAGGAACACGCUUCACAAAACACAGCUGUGUUGCGUUGCGCGAGAGAGAGAGAGAGAGAGAGAGAGAGAGAGAGAGUACCGUACGCCUGCCUGCAUCCGCUUCAACUCAAUGGGACUUGACGACAUCACAGGGAUGGGGAUCAAUGAUCGACUCCACGUGGUACCACGCCAUUGGUUUGACCUCCCAGCUGGUCUACACCAACGGGCCUGGCCUGGAAAAGCCUGA